AUGUCUCACUACAAUGCCAAAAAAGCGGCAACAAAGGCAGAGAAGAUUAAUUUCUUCGGACAUAAGACUCCUGCGGCACCUUUAGGCCCGAUGUCGAGCCCACAGGAUGGUGAUGGUGAUGGAGAUGGAGACUCAGAUUCGAGUGCUCUGACGCCAACAGCAGAACAGCCAAUUCUAUCCACAUCUGACAAAAUUAUCAAAGAUUUCCUGACACAAGCCCUGGACGCACUGACAAACAAGCUGACAAGCAACUUACUGCGGAUGCUCUCCGAAAGGACGUGCAAGAACUGGACACCUGCACAGCACAUGUGGAACAAAAAAUUAUCGAAUAUGCUUCUGCCAACAACAACAUGGCUUUGGAAAGCAAGGUUGGGCUUCUGGAAGCUAAGAUGGCGGACUCUGAAGACAGAAGCCACAGAAAUAACCUUAGACUUUGGGGUGUACCAGAGUCUGUCCUGCAGGACGAUUUACAGGCCUACGCAAGAGGAUUCCUGA